UUAAGAAGAAAAAAAAACAUAAGUUAAUGGGAGAGGAUAGGAAACAAAGCACGAGGAAAACAAAGCAGAGCAGCAACCCUUAGCCGACGCCAAAGGGGGUUGCUUUUGCACUCAAUUCAACCGACCAUCGCUGCACCAUGUGGUGGUUUUAAAUUUAGCCACUUUACGUCCCUUGUCCGCCGUACCUUCACCAGUUCCGGUUCGCAUCGCAGCGCGACGUCUCUCGAUGAAAAAGCCGCCCAGCACCAUCCGGGGACAAAGGUUGACCGCCGGUUUGAGGCCGGUUCGUUCGCGUCAUCAUCGCCUCAGAUAAGCGAGGCCUACCUCGCGGAAGGAAACCGCGUGGUGUUGUGCGUGACGGAGGCGCCCGGUGGCGUCACGGAACGGUUCGAAUUUCCCGCCGUUUGGCUUCGCGAUAACUGCCAAUGUGAACGGUGUUUUCAUCGAGGCUCAUCCAGCCGGGUGUUGGACUGGGAGCGGUUCGAGGUGGACAGGGUUGUGGUGGGGGAGGUGAACCCCUCCGAGGGUGGCCAGAAGCUGCAGGUCCUGUGGAACGAGGACAGGAACGAUCAUCGGUCGGUGUACGAUGUUCGGUGGCUUUUAGGACGCAGCUUCCGGGAGCAGGACACUCGAGCGUACCUGCGGGAAUGGUACCGCCCGGAACCGACCGUUUGGGGUGCGGCCGGGUUUAGGGAGGUGUUGCGGGAGUUUCCCUUCGAGGGGGUGUUGCAGGACGAUGCCGUGUUGCGGCAAUGGAUCGAAGCGUUGAUCGCGUACGGCGUGGUCAUGAUCAAGGGCGCUCCAUUAACCGAAAACGAGUGCCGCCGGUUGGCUAAUCGAGUGGGUUUCAUCCGAAAAACGCAUUACGGGGAGGAAUUUAUCGUGAAGGCCAAAGAGGGUACGAGCAACGUGGCCUACCUCUCCACACCUCUCCAGAUGCACACGGAUCUCCCCUACUACGAUUACAAGCCCGGCUGCAAUCUGCUGCACUGUCUGGUGCAAUCGACCGAUCCCUCCGGUGGUGGCGAGAAUCUUCUCGCGGAUGGGUUUUACGUGGCGGAACAGCUCCGUCGACAUCAUCCGGAUGACUUCCGGUUGCUGUCUGAAACCCUCGUCGAUUGGAGCGAUGUCGGUGCGGAAGAUGAAGCCGGCGCGUUUCACAGCAUUUACCGGGCACCGGUCAUUUGCAUCGGACGCGACGGACGAUUGGAACGGAUUAAUCACAGCGUGCCACAGCGAGACAGCCGCUUUAGUGUCCCCAUCGACCGGGUGGAACCGUGGUACCGGGCCAUGCAGCGUUUCGUCACCGUGCUGCACCAGGAAGCGGUCCGCUUCAAAACGACCCCGGGUGACAUCCUGACGUUCAGCAACGUACGCAUGAUCCACGGACGAACCGGAUACACCGACACGACUGGCAACACGCGCCACAUCGUCGGUGCUUAUCUCGAUUGGGACGAGAUCUACUCAAAGCUGCGCGUUCUCAAACGCCUGUCCUAACCCUCAACCGACACCAUUAACUCCACACGAACGCCACGCGAAGGAUUACAGUUUUACAUACGUUUAAUGAUAGCUCGGCAUUUCAUCGUGUUUCAUCGUCAUCGCCAUCGUUUCAUCGCUUACGCAUUAAGAUAUUCGAAUAGUAAGUAAACAAAGGGCGUCACAUUCAGCGCUACACUGCAUUGCACACUCGGGGCGGCCGUCUCACACGACGGGCUCCCCCGUUUUCUGGUUCGCUCGUAGGAAUAGCUUGCAAUUGCUGGACGCUUUCACUCGAUCUUCAAACGAUCUUCGCGCGCAUUCUUAACUAAUUUCUAAAUCCGGAGCGCUAAGGAAACCACCGUCGAGAGGGGUUGAAACAAAACAAACUCGCUAAAUACGAUCCCCCUGCUGGAAGGGGACUCAGAGGAGCUAUAUCUAUAUGUAUAUGUAUAUGUUUAUAAA